GCAAUAAAUUUUGCAACAUUUUUGUGAUUUAUUGAGAGUUGUUUCUUAUUUUAUUACAGAUAAAUUCGUUCAAACAUGGCUUCACGAGGCUGCAAGUAUCCUGCAGAUGCAUUUUGUUAUGUCUGCGGAUAUUUUAUCAAAACAAGAGCGAAUAAGUACUCUUUGGAAACAGGUUUUAAAAUGUGCGAAGCUUACAAUGCUUAUUUCGGCAUGCCUGUGGGUGAUCAAGACAAAUCCUGGGUACCUUAUUUCGCGUGUGAAAACUGCAAAAGGACUUUGGAAGGAUGGUACAGAGGGGAAAAGAGAGCUAUGAAGUUUGCUGUGCCAAGAGUUUGGAGAGAACCCACUGACCAUUCAAGCAACUGCUUUUUCUGCAUGGUGGACCCUUCCAAACGUCGGACUGGCAAAAAAGCAAGUCAAAUCAUGUAUCCUGACAUUUCUUCAUCCAUGGCUCCAGUUCCACACAGCUCUGACCGCCCCGUUCCUACUCCUCCAGAGAAAGAGCAGGUGUCUUCCUGUGAGAGCCCUGAUUCCAUGAGUGUGGAAGACAAUGAAGGUGAAGGAUUUAAUUUACUAGCUGAUAACAAAAACCCAUACUAUCCCAACCAAAAGGACAUGAAUGAUUUGAUCAGAGAUCUUGGUCUAACCAAGUCCGAUGCUGAACUUUUGACGUCCAGACUGAUGCAGUGGAAUUUGCUGGAUCCUAGUGUUAAAGUCACAUGUCAGAGGAAGCGUCACAAAAGCAAAGUUUCCGAGGAAUAUUAGGUGGUUUCCAUACUUUUAAGGCAUAACAGACUAGGAAAUAACAAUUACAUCCCAAGGACUGAGAAAUUUUUUUUUUUGUUAC